UGAAUACAAGAUGGUACAUGAUACAUACUAUCAAACAAAGUAAGCCAACUAGCUAAAGUCAUUUGCUCAAUACAUUUUAUCAGUCUCACUGUUAAACAAAAAAAACACAAUGACAAGAGUCAUGUGGAAAAGCUUCCAUCAAUGCUUUCCAUCAAAUCUAAUCAACCCCUCCUCCUCAGCUCCCUCCACCGCCUCCGAAGAACCUAACUUCAACCACCUUUACAACGAUACCACCACCACCAGCCACCGCAUAUCAAAGCCUAUUAUUGAAGUCAUCCCACCUUCCUCCACUACAACCACCACAACAUUCACUUCCUCCACCGGUAACUCUUCCUCCUCCUCCUCUUUGUAUGAUUCAGAUAAUUACGGUUUUGCCCCUGAAGACUCUCUCCCUCCGGACUUAACCACCGUUCUUGCCACACGUCGCUUCUUUUUCUCUUCCCCUGGCCGCUCCAACUCCAUCACCGAUUCGCCUGAUCUUCGUCCCGUCAAGAUGGAUACUACUACUCCAAGGCUUCUCGCUGGAGGAGCCGCCGUGAAACAAUACGUGCAAUCUCCUGAUCCUUACAACGACUUCCGCAGAUCAAUGCAAGAGAUGCUUGACGCCGUUACGGACGCAGAAGAUGUUCGCCGUUACGAGUUCUUGCACGAGCUGUUACGUAGUUACCUCUCACUGAAUGCAGAAGAUACACAUAAGUUCAUUAUCAGAGCUUUCUCCGACGUUCUUGUAUCUCUCUUAUCGGACGGUCACCGGAAAAACUGACGUGGCGAAAUCUUCAUGUUAAUGUAAAAGAAAAUUAGAGUCAUGUUGUGUUUUUGGGAUUAGCGCUUUAGGAUAAAAAAAAGAAAUAUAUUUUAAAUGUAAUAAUUGUGUAAUGAUACGAGAAAAUCGAGAGAGGCGUGAAGUUUUGUCUCGAUCGCAUGCAGUUUAGAUUGCUUUUUAUAUUGUUUUGUUUUUUACCUUGUUAAAUAAAUGAUGAAUCGGGGAUAUCCAUAUGUUAACAUUUGAUUGAGAAAUUA